AUGUCUUCCUCACAUGACUACCUGCACCCUCUCGAGCAGCCUGGCGACUCUGGCGAAUACUCCGGCUCUGAUGACGACGACUUGGACCUCGAGGAGCUUGACCCCGAUACCGCACCACCCGAACACUCGCGGGUCUCCGGAGACUAUACGAGUCGUCCACGAAACUACGGGCCUGGAAUUGCCUUACGAAAUUUGCGUGUCGGCGUGGGAAGUCGGUGGAAACGGAGUGCAUCUGGGUACGGGGAGGUGGAUGAGGACACGAAUGCGUUGCUGGAAGACCGCCGUGAAGAUGGACUCCGAAGGUCUAAUGGCAGCUCACGAUAUUUAGCGGAAGAUGAUGCGCCACUGCUUGAUCGUCGUGAUUCGACUCGGUUGUUCCGAGAAGACGAGCCGUCAAAAAAAGGCGGCCGAUUACGCCUCCCAAGUCUGAGAGGCCCAGGUUUCCUGCGGAGUGCGACAAAUCGACUACGGCGAAAUUCGGAUGAUCAUGAGAACAAACCUCCGCGCGAGGUCCUUGUCGGCCAAUACCAGACGACAAAAUACCCGGCUAAUGUCGUCUCGAACGCGAAAUAUACCCCCUGGAGCUUCUUACCUCGCACCCUGUAUAACGAAUUUUCCUUCUUUUUCAACAUCUACUUCCUGCUUGUCGCAUUAUCACAAGUCAUCCCAAUACUACGAAUCGGCUACAUGUCUUCAUACAUUGCACCCUUGGCGUUUGUUGUCUCUAUAUCCUUGGGGAAGGAGGCCCUUGAUGACAUUGGUCGACGUCGACGGGAUGCAGAGGCAAAUGCAGAAGAAUUUACCGUGAUGUCUCUCGAGAGGUCGAGCCCGAUGGAGAUGACGAAAAAAUCUCGGGAUCUGAAAGUUGGAGACGUGCUCAAAGUUCGCAAAAACCAGCGUCUGCCUGCUGAUGUCGUGAUUCUGAAGAGCGUCUCCAAUGAUUCGAAUUCUGACCGUGAACGCCAAGUCGUGGUAGAAGAGCCCGCCCCCGGGCCAUCUGCUGAUCUUCUGGAAUAUCCUGAGCCUGGACCUGCUACAGAGACAUCUGAUGCGAAUGCCGCAGACGCCUGCUCUGCUAGUGACACUUUCAUUCGAACUGAUCAGUUAGACGGUGAAACUGAUUGGAAGCUUCGGUUACCUUCAGUUCUUUCUCAAACACUACACUUGAACGACUUGACGCGACUCAAGAUUACCGCCAGCGCCCCGGACAAGCGGGUCAACGAGUUCAUUGGCACAAUCGAACUGGGCCCUCCCACCGGGUUCUACGAUGCUCACGUCGACAAAUCAACUUCUUCCACCAAUGGUGAAGGCCAGGUUGGCGAGAACCAAGGUGCCGACACCGCCCCUUUGACUAUCGACAACACCGCCUGGGCCAAUACCGUCCUCGCUUCUAACACAAUUACCUACGCCGCAAUCAUCUACACCGGGUCGCAAACCCGAGCUGCCCUCUCAACGUCGCCUUCUCGCUCUAAGGUGGGCCUAUUAGAAUAUGAAAUCAACAAUCUGACGAAAAUUCUGUGUGCAUUGACGCUUACCUUAUCCAUUGUGCUGGUCGCCUUGGAAGGGUUUGAGCCCACUAACGACAAAGAGUGGUACGUCGCGAUUAUGAUCUAUCUCAUUCUAUUCUCCACCAUCAUUCCGAUGAGUCUUCGAGUCAACCUGGACAUGGCCAAGUCUGUUUAUGGUCGAUUCAUCGAGCGCGACAAGGACAUUCCAGAAACAUUAGUCCGAACAAGCACAAUCCCGGAGGACUUGGGUAGAAUUGAAUAUCUGCUCUCUGACAAAACUGGGACUCUGACUCAAAAUGAAAUGGAGUUGAAAAAGAUCCAUGUCGGCACAGUUUCCUAUGCCAACGAGGCAAUGGAUGAAGUGGCAUCGUUCAUUCGUCAAGGCUUUGCAGGCAAUGCUUUAACGACACCGUCAACUGUAUUUGGGACUCAAGCUGGCCAAGCGGCCGCUCCGCGUACUAGAAGAGAGAUAGGAUCUCGGGUUAGAGACAUUAUCCUGGCGCUCGCACUUUGCCACAACGUCACGCCUACUGGCGAGGAGGAAGAGAAUGGACGAAAAGUGACGAACUACCAGGCAUCAUCUCCCGAUGAGAUCGCUAUUGUUCGAUAUACCGAAGAAGUCGGCCUCAAGCUCUCAUAUCGCGACCGCCAAAGUAUCGUCCUCGAGUCCACUGACUCCAAGCAAGUUGUCGUCCGCGUCAAGAUCCUCGACAUCUUCCCCUUUACCUCCGAAAGCAAGCGCAUGGGUAUCAUUGUUCAAUUCGAACAAAGUGAGGCCGUUCUUGAGACGGGUGCCAGUGCUGAACCGGAGAUCUGGUUCUAUCAAAAGGGUGCGGACACUGUCAUGACAUCGAUUGUUGCGGCCAACGACUGGCUUGACGAAGAAACUGCAAAUAUGGCCCGUGAGGGUCUGCGAACUCUGGUUGUUGGACGCAAGCAUCUUUCCCCCCAGCAAUACCAAGAUUUUGCUGGCAAGUAUAAGCAGGCAUCGCUGUCUCUUCAAUCACGGGAUGUUGGUAUGGCCAAGGUCGUGAGCGACUACCUGGAACGAGACCUUGAGCUGCUCGGUGUGACUGGUGUAGAAGAUCGCCUGCAGCGAGAUGUCAAGUCUUCACUAGAGUUGAUGCGGAAUGCCGGUAUCAAGAUCUGGAUGUUGACCGGAGAUAAAGUGGAGACCGCUCGUUGCGUCGCUAUCUCUGCCAAGUUGGUCUCGCGGGGACAGUACAUUCACACCGUUUCCAAGGUGACAGACAAAUCAGCUGCCCAAGAAGCUCUUGACUUCCUGCGAAAUAAGACCGAUUGCUGCCUGCUUAUCGAUGGCGAGUCACUCAACCUGAUGCUGGGGGAGUUUCGAACUGCUUUCAUCUCCGUUGCGGUGCUCCUGCCUGCAGUUAUUGCAUGCCGUUGCUCGCCAACGCAGAAAGCUGAAGUUGCCAACCUGAUCCGCCAGCACACGAAGAAGCGUGUCUGCUGUAUCGGCGAUGGUGGCAAUGACGUCUCCAUGAUCCAAGCUGCCGACGUUGGUAUUGGUAUUGUGGGCAAGGAGGGUCGCCAGGCCUCGCUCGCCGCCGACUUCAGUAUCACGCAGUUCCACCACCUGACCAAGCUUCUGGUUUGGCACGGCCGCAACUCGUACAAGCGGUCUGCGAAGCUUGCACAAUUCAUUAUGCAUCGUGGUCUGAUCAUCGCCGUGUGUCAAACCAUGUACAGCAUUGCGGGUCACUUCGAUCCGAAAGGUCUGUUCAUCAACUGGCUCAUGAUCGGAUAUGCUACUGUGUACACCAAUGCGCCCGUCUUCUCGCUCGUUUUUGACAAGGACGUCGACGAGCGUCUCGCCAAUCUCUACCCUGAACUGUACAAGGAGUUGAAGACAGGCAAGAGCCUUAGCUACCGCUCGUUCUUCACCUGGGUUCUCAUUUCAGUCUAUCAGGGUGCCGUCAUCCAGGGUCUGUCUCAGAUUCUGCUCCAUACCAUCACAGGGCCGCGUCUGAUCAGUGUAUCCUUCACGGCACUUGUCCUAAACGAGCUGGGCAUGGUCGCCAUUGCCAUCACGACCUGGCAUCCAGUGAUGAUCGUCUGUCUGCUCGGUACUCUCUUAUUUUACGCUGGCAGUGUUCCUUUCCUCGGUGAUUAUUUCAAUCUCCGCUUCGUGAUCACUCUUGACUGGCUUUGGCGUGUGUUCGCAGUGUUGGCUGUCUCGCUACUUCCCGUCUGGGCUGGCAAGUUGAUCAAGCAGUCAUGGAGUCCUCCGAGUUACCGGAAGGUGCGAGGCUGA